AUGACUGAUGGGACAGGAAAAAUGUCCGGCCAGCUUCAGCUCCAGCUUUCGCCCAUUACUUUGACUGUUUCCUUUUUUUUUAUCCGGUUUCGAUUGAAUAAGCUACAACUUCUGCCAGGUACAAAACCAACCGGAGCAAAAACUUCAACAUUCCAAGGACUGGAAAUGAUCUCCACGCUGCAAUGCCAAGCUACAGCCAAGCUCUAUGAGGAUCGCUACGGAGAGCUUGAAAACGUCGUCCCGCAACCGAUGCCUCCUAGUUCUGCGGAGACGGCUCCAGUCGACUGGGUCAAACUUGCGGUCUUUGCGGAAAAAAGAUAUACGGAUGAUAGGUUUUGGUGCAGAAGUGAACAGCAUAGCACUGACUGGUAG